AUGGCCCAAACGGAAACCGUCCUUGUAGGAUUUAACGGUCGAAUCAAUUUAAGAAGAGCAUGCGAGUAUUCCGCUGAAGAGAUCCUUACAGUUUUAGCUGCCAUGCCUGCCGGCCCUGUAUUUUGCUCUGAAACCUAUGGCAAUAUCGGAAGAUCAGAAGUGUCUUAUAGUCAGAUUUUUCUAACUUCUCUACAAACAAAGAAGAAUCAGACGAGUGGACCUGGAUCACCAAGGAAGCUCCGUGAGAUCUGUGAGCCCCAUGUGCGCCUUUUGGCUGGAAUCAUAGGGAGUCGCGGAACGCCCGUCGUUCACAUUGUUGGAAGAGCAGCCUCAUCACCUCGUUGCGACCCGCCCUUAUUAAAGGGCCAGGACCAAGGGCCAGGGUAUGCCCAGUCGUGGAACCAUGAGACUACUAAGCUUCUCAAAUCAGGAGAUGAGAUCUUGAUAACAACGGAAGACCCAGAGACCUGCUCCCUUCCCAGUUGGGAUCUCUUAGAUAUGCAAUGGCUUCUCAAUAGGUUGCAGCAAUCUGUGGAGCCGCAGAUGUUAAAUAUGACUAUAAGAGCAGUGAAGACAAUGAUUGCGGUGGUAACGACCAGUUUUCAGCGAAGGGGGGAGGAUUUGAUAUUGUUUCUUCAGCAGAGCGAUCGCCGGAGCAAUCGUCGCACCUGUCUCCAUCCCGUCCCUUCCUCUUUGUGUCCAUCUCCCCAUGGCCACCAGAAGACCGUACUUACGAGCCUCGAUGCUGCUGAUCAAGGCACCGGAUCUGAUAUAUAUGCCUCUCAAUUGUCCAAGAUUGAGUUCAUAGAGCACCCUUUGUGCCCAUCUUGUCAGGUAGAACCUGCUGUGCGCCAGGGACGACCACCUUUGAGAGACUGGCUUUGGGUUGAUUUAUUCUUAGAUACGAGAGCGGUAUACUAUAUCUUAGUCAACAUCAGCUAGUUGAUCCCUCACACUUGAUUUACACUCGGUUAAGGAUUAGUUAGAUCGACACACGUUUGGCCAGGAGCACCAUGAGAGAAGCUGGACGUAACCCGCCAUGUGGGACCUGCACUCAAGCAGGGAAAGGCAAAG